GUCGCGUCGCCUUCAGUUCGUCCACGUUCCGUGUGUGUUCCCGCUGCUGCAGGGCAUCGCAUUAAAGCGCCACAGCGAUUGAAAAGCUCCCCAGCAAACUAAAACUGUGACUGUGACUGUCGAGUGUUCAGUGUUCAGUGUUCAGUGCGUGCUUUAGUGUGUGUUCUCUGUUCAAUACUUCUAACUCAAACUCCGUCUCACAUUCGAUACGAGCGACAAUUCAAAGCAAUUAGCAUUGCGAGGCGAUUCAGUUAGUAAAACAAAAGCCUUGCGGAAAUCGUGAACAAUUUGCGACGCCUUUAAGCCGCUUCUCCGUUCUCAGUAAAUUCGUGUGCGCCUUUUUGUUGUUGUUGUUCGCCAUGAAGCGUUCGCGUUUGCCGCUUAUUGCCAGCGUUUGUCUGGCGCUGGUGUUGAUGUCAUCCUGCCUGCUCACAGGCGCUGAGGCCAAGAAGAAGAAAUACGUUGGCGAAACUGGCGGUGAUUUUGAGUUUAUCGAUGAGAUUAAUAAAAAUACGCAGCAGAAUAACAAAAAUGUGGGCGAACACAAGCGCUGGAUACACGAUCCCUCAAGUGACCUCUGCCGGCCUCUGAACUGUAAGAAGCGUGAAAUCUGCCUGCUCGAGGACGAGUUCAGCGCCGUGUGCGUGUCGAAAAAGGAGUUGCACAAGAAUCGUGAUGAGAUAAUCACCAAGGCCAAAUAUUUGGAGGAGGAAGCCAAACGGCGCGUCAAUCAGCAGGAUAACAACGAUAGCCAGGAUGUUGAGGACAUCAACAACGAUGACGAGGACAAUAGCAGCGAUGGCAGCCUCAGCAGCAGCAGCAGCAACAGCAACAUCAACAGCAACAACAACAACAACAACAACGCUAACAAUAAUGCCCAGGCUAAUGUGCAGGGCAACGAGGAGAACAACGACGAUGAGGAUAAAAGCCUCAGUUUGGGCGACGAUGAUGAGUCCAAAGAGGACGAUGUCUUCUAUGAGAACAACAUUGCUGCCAGCGAUAAGCAGCAGCAACAGCAACAACAACAGCAGCAGCAGCAGUUGCAGAAACCCGCAGCUGCCCAGCAGCAAGAUGAUGAUGAGGAACUGGACAACUGCAAGCCGUGUCCCGUGGCUAAGCCAACGUUCCUCUGCGGCGCCGACAACAGAACCUACUCAUCACUAUGCAGAUUGGAUUAUCACAAUUGCAUACAUUCGACAACCAUAAGGAUUGCCUGCAAAGGAUUCUGUCCAUGCAAGGAAAAUACCGAUGGCAAGCGGCUGCAGCGACUUGGAGAGCGUGGUGGCUACAACAGCAAGUACAACAGCAAGAAGCUCAACAUCGAGCAGCAGCAGCAACAGCAACAGCAGGCCUACAAGGACAGCAGCAACAACAACAUCAUGAUGAACAGUGGCAAUGUGAUGGGCAACAACAACAACGACUUCAACACCAUCAUGAACGACAAGGAGGACAACAAUCGUCACUUCAAUCACAUCAAUGCCCAGUACACGUUCACGCCCGAGGAGAUCAAAUAUGACAACAAGCACUACAAGUACCUCAAGUACACGGCUUACAAGAAGGAUGCCAAAUACCAGGAGGAGAAACACAAGAUGCGCAACUACAAUGAGAACGAAGUUGUUGAGAAGCAGCCACAGAAGUACAGCAAGAACAACAAUGUAAACGGCUAUCCAUCAAAGUCCGCUGAGUGCAAGCCACAGCAAUUGACCGCCAUUGGCAAUCGUCUACUCGAUUGGUUCUCCGUGAUCAUGGCCGACAGCAAGAAGCGUCGCCAGCACAGCCAAAAGUCGAAGGCUCACUUCCCGCCCGCCUGCAAGACCGAAGCGAAGUGGAUGUUUGGCCACUUGGACUUGAACAACGAUGGCAUGUUGUCGCUGCAGGAGAUGUACGAUCUGGAGCAUGAUCAGAACGAGCGUUGCAUCAAGCCAUUCAUCGAUACGUGCGAUCUGGAUCAGGAUAGCUCGAUCAAUACACGGGAAUGGUGUCGCUGCUUUGAGAAGACCGAUCGUCCGUGUGCCGCGGUGCGCCGAAGAAUCGCCGGCGACUUUGCAGGUGAGAUAGGCGCCUACGCACCCGACUGCGAUGUACAAGGAUUCUACAAGCCAACACAAUGCCACAACUCGGUGGGUGUCUGUUGGUGUGUGGACAAGCAUGGAGUUGAAUUCGCCAACACACGCACACGUGGCAAGCCCAACUGCGAGUCCGUGGUGAACAAUGCCGCCUCGCUGACAUCCGACGACGAGGACGAGGGUGCCGACGAUGAGGAUAGUGCGGAGGGCAGCGCCGAUCAAAUGUUGGUCUUUUAAAAGCCCCCCUCACACACACACACACACCCGCAGGCCGCAGCACGCAGGAUUCUAGGAGGUCCGAAGGAUGCCAGGACGUGCAUAAGUAUUGAUUGCCUUGGCAACAAAUCCAAUCAGCGAGCAUUAAGGCGUAACAGAAAAAAACCAAAAAAACCAAAAAUGAAACAAAAACAACAUUAAUAUUAUUAUUAUUAUUAUGAUAACUACGAAAACAAACUAAAAAUGAAAAUGAAAAAAAAGGAAAAUCCCAAAAAAAAAACAAACAAGAACAUAAAUGUGCAGUAGUUAUGUAAGAG